AUGACCCAAUGCAGCUUCUCUGCUUGUGUUUACUUGCAUGCAAACGCACUACCUCCAGCGGUAUGGAGGUCGUUCCGCGAGAAUCCCCACACCUCCAAUAUAAUGCUAGCUCACGCAGAGAAAGCUACCCAACGUCCAUCUGCGGUUCCCGGACUUCCAAACGCCCAUGGGGAUCUCUGGGUCGUUCUGUGGGAUAUACGCCAUGCUACAUCAUCUCCUUCGGUCUCCUUCGUCCUUUCAUGCACGACCGGACCGCUUGGAACAUACCCGAUCUUCAUAUUCACCCCGCUCUCUGCUACGCACCUGUCAUACAGCAGUAUCAGUCCAAGAAUACUCGCCGUGGUCGACGCGCUCCGUGGUCACGUCCCUCCCGAGCGUGUUUUCUCCGUCUUCGCGACAGACAACAUUGCCGAUGUCUUCGCUGAUACGUGGACAGCAAGGACCGGGAUCUCGCUUGAUCAAAACCCCGUCUACUAUCACGCCCGCCUCAUGUACUGCGACAAAAGCACAUUCCAGUCUCGCCAACUGUCGAAUAUUCCAGGCGCUGAAGCAAAGUUACGUCGUGCCGUCGGUGCCGACGUCGCGAAGGUUGGCAGGUUGUGUCAUGCCUUCGCUGCUGAUUCAGAACCAUUCGUGCUCUCUCGUGACAAAGCUAUACAAGAGGCAAAGCUAUUGAUCCAGAACAACCAAGUUUGGGUGUACGAGAUCAGGAUGCCGGGCGGGGAACCUGAGAUCGCUUCCAUCGUGGCUGCGACACGAGCCACUGAGACGGUCACCGCCAUUACUAAGGUCCUCACUGAUCCGACUUGGAGAUCACGCGGGUGCGCUGAACGGCUUACCCGUCAUGUCUGCCAGCAUUUGUUAGAAACCAAGGCUGCGGUCGUUCUUUAUGUUGCGCAUGGUAAAUACGCUGCUGAAUCGGUAUACAGACGUGUCGGCUUUGUUGGUUUCUCUGAAUACUCGAAGAGUGCUAUGGGAGAGUCUUGGAAGGAAUUAGGCUUCGAUCGCUCCAGAGUCGAGCUCGGCCACUGGUAG